UUGAGCUUGUGUUAAUAUUUCGCACCUUAAUACGUUUUACCUCACACUGCUAGUAAUGAUACGUAUUAAGUUGAGCUGUUUUGUGUGUACCAAAGUGAAGAUUGAUGGUAAACAAAUUUAAAAUGAAUCAAGUAACAGACACCACUAUGAAACCCUGUCUUUGCCCAUGAUGGUAAUCACUAGCCAGCAGCAAUUGAACAAGCUUUUGAGACGUGAAUCCUGCACAGGUUGGGGAUGUUAUUCCACAACAUUUCUUACCAGAUCAGUGAUCAUUUACAAUAUGCCUGGGAAGUCAUUGACACCCUGGACAUAAAUUAUUGGAAAUGGGUGCUGUGGGUUGUUUACCCCAUCAUCAUAUCAUUCCUGCUUCCCCUGGUUAUACUCCUGUUUCUGUAUGGGUCGGCACUAUUUCUCAAUGUCUACAACUAUCGACAUCGUCUUCGUGAGGCCUAUGGCAGAGACUUCUGGGAUGGAGCUAGAAAAACAUUGGCAGCUUUAUGGGAUGGACAAGCUAGAUUGUGGCAUGGGUAUGAGAUCGUUGGAUUUGACAACAUUCCACGUGAGGGACCAGCAUUACUUAUCUACUAUCAUGGAACCAUUCCUAUAGAUUUCUAUUAUGUCAUCGCCAAAACUUUGCUUGAUAAAAAUAGACACAUUCGGGCCGUGGGAGACCGCUUCUUAUUUCACAUUCCUGGCUGGCGUCUCAUGAUGGAGGUGAUGAGGGUUACACCAGGCACUGUACAGAGCUGUGUGAAUGUACUGAGGGAGGGACACCUAUUGGGUAUAGCUCCAGGUGGUGUACGUGAAGCACUGUUUGGAGAUGAACAUUACCAGCUGAUGUGGGGAAGACGUGAUGGAUUUGCUAAAGUAGCUCUUCAGGCAAAUGUGCCUGUCAUUCCAUUAUUUACACAGAAUGUGAGGGAAGCAUUUAGGACACCAAUGUUUGGAAAAAAUUUGUUGUUGAAGCUGUAUGAGAGAACUAGACUUCCUAUUUCACUUAUUUAUGGGUUUUUCCCUGUAAAAAUGAGAACCUUUGUUGGAAAUCCUAUAUACCCAGACCAAUCACAAACUGUGGACCAGUUCAAACGCAGGGUGGAGAAUGCAUUAUCUGUGAUGAUACGUCAGAACCAGAGACUGCCUGGUAAUAUCUUCAUGGCAUUAUUAGACCGUAUGAUACCUCACAAACGCAGACACAGAUGACCCUUGUCCUCCACACACUUAUAUCAAUACUCUCAAUGUCAAGCAUCUUUAUUGCCAAAAAUACUUCAUGUUUAUACAAAGAACUAAUAACUGACAGUAUUCUUGUUUGUAUAGCACUAUUUUCUUGUUUGAAUUGUACUUAUAGGAUGUCAUGAAAAAUAUACGGGACUAGAUUAUGAUUUGAACAUAGUUGAACGUUAAAAUUUACCCAUUGAGAUAUAUGGUGUCAGCAAAUUAACCUGGUGGAGAUUUAGCUUCAUUUACUGUAUAUUGAAUGAAAAUGAUUUAAAUUCUAUUGAAUAUUGUUCUUUAUUGUCUAAACUUUACAUUUAUCAAAUACAGGGGGUCAUCACAUGAUGUCAACUUUCUAAUGGGAUGCGUAGAUUUAUUUUUGGUGCAAUAAUUAUGAUUUAUACUAAAUAUUGAUGUAUCUUGGUAUACUUUCUUGAUUCUUCAUAAGGCGAUGUCGUAAUUAUGGUUUAUCUAACUGUAUCUCUACUACAGUAGGAUUUCUGUUACUGGACAUGUAUUGGUGCUCUUCAAAUACAGAAUACAUAUACAUGUUUUCAUAGUGUAGCAGUAGUUUGAGACGAUACAACAGGGCAACCUUGUGUUGGUCUGAGCUGAGUAAUGAUUAAACUUCUAUAACAACUAGUCAGAUGUAGUCAGAUUUUUUACUUUAGAAUUUCUGUCAUGUAUGGAUAUAUAUGAUUCAGAUAUUCCAAUUGUGGGAACAUGCCAAAUGUUCACAACUCUGUGACAACCUUAAAAUUCACCAAAAUCUCUAGUCCUUUUGUAGACUCUCAAAAUAUUCCAUAUCAGUGGCCCUUUAGUAGUUUCUUAUAACUGGCUAUUGUUAGAGCAUCAGAGCUUAUCACAUUUUGUGACAAUUCAGUAAAGUCUCAGGAUUCAACAUAUUAUCUAGCCCUUUGAUAGAACAUUUUGGCAUGUCAUAUUUCAUGACUCUUUGGUAGAGCCUCAAGUCUUAAUACAGCUUGCAGCCCAACUAUUGGAACAUCUCUAUGUUUCAUAUCCAUGUAUGUCAAAAAUUUGUAUCAUAUAUGUAUAUUAUUAUAUAUUAGUACGUGUCACUGAAUUAAUGUAGAUAGAAACAUACCAGUAAUGAUAUGUACUCAGGGUUGUAGACAAGUAUAAUACUAAUGUCUGAUUUGUCACUGGUAUGGCAUUCCUCAAGCAAAAGUUGCCAAAUCUUUUCUGAAAUAUUCUAUAACAAACGUAAAAGUGUAUUUAAAGAACAAAUGAUAUCUUUUCCAAUCUUCGUGUGGUGUAAAUGUUCUGUACAAAUGAGAGAUAAAUUUAUGA